UCCAGGCCACAAAUGAGACAAAUGUCAACAUUCCACAAAUGGCUGAUACCCUCUUUGAAAGAGCGACAAACACUAGUUGGGUUGUUGUCUUCAAAGCCUUAGUUACAACACAUCAUCUAAUGGUUCAUGGCAAUGAGAGAUUUAUUCAGUAUUUGGCAUCUAGAAACACACUAUUCAAUCUCAGCAAUUUUUUGGACAAAAGUGGAUCACACGGAUACGAUAUGUCAACUUUUAUCAGGCGCUACAGUAGAUAUUUGAAUGAGAAAGCAUUUUCAUACAGACAAAUGGCAUUUGAUUUUGCAAGAGUAAAAAAGGGGGCUGAUGGUGUAAUGAGGACAAUGCUCCCGGAAAAACUACUGAAGAGCAUGCCAAUAUUACAGGGACAAAUAGAUGCACUUCUUGAAUUUGAUGUUCAUCCAAAUGAAUUGACAAAUGGGGUCAUAAAUGCUGCAUUUAUGCUUCUGUUCAAAGAUCUCAUCAAGCUUUUUGCUUGUUACAAUGAUGGAGUCAUUAAUUUAUUAGAGAAGUUUUUUGAAAUGAAGAAAGGACAGUGCAAAGAUGCCCUUGAAAUUUAUAAGCGGUUUCUUACUAGGAUGACGAGAGUAUCCGAAUUUCUUAAAGUUGCAGAGCAAGUUGGAAUUGACAAAGGCGAUAUUCCCGAUCUCACGCAAGCUCCCAGUAGUCUUAUGGAGACUCUUGAACAGCAUCUGAAUACUUUGGAAGGAAAGAAACCUGGGAACAAUGAUGGGUCUGGUGCUCCUUCCCCCUUGGGCAAGUCUUCUCCAGCCACAACGGUUACAUCUCCUAAUUCUACCCCAGCAAAAAGUAUUGAUACAUCUCCACCAGUUGAUCUUUUUGCAACAUCUUCAACGACGGCUCCAGUCAGUGCUUCCAAGCCCUCCAGUGAUCUUCUAGAUCUUCAACCAGAUUUCACAUCUGGCUCCGCACAAGCAGCUUCAGCAGCUCCCACGGGUGGAACAACUUCAUGGGGAGACAGUUUGGCUGGAUUUUCCAGUGUUACCUCUGAACCACAGAUUUCAGAUCCAUUUGCACCAGAACCCAUCCUAGCUCCUCCUGCUGCAACUGCUGACACAGCAACUACUCCUGCAACUACCACUGGUGCUGUUCCUCCAGCUGCUGCGGCUGAGGUGGAUCUCUUUGGAGAUGCCUUUGCAGCUUCUCCUGGUGAAGCCCCUACAGCACCUGAAGGGGCAGCAGCACCAGCUACCCCAACCCCUGUAGCAGCAGCUCUUGAUGCAUGCUCAGGAAAUGACCCCUUUGCCCCGUCAGAAGGCAAUGCAGAGGCUGCUCCUGAGCUGGACCUCUUUGCUAUGAAGCCAGCUGAGACCGGCGUUCCUGUAGUUACCCCUACAACUAGUGCACCUACUUCUGCAACCAGUCCUACUCCAGUUGCUGCUGUGGCCCCUCCAGUCCCUGCUACAACUGCUGCUACUACUGCUACUGUCACUACUGCUACUACAUCUGCUACUACCACCUCUAUCACCACCUCUGCUCCUCCUCCUGCUCUAGAUAUCUUUGGUGAUUUGUUUGAAUCCACACCUGCUGAGGCUCCUGCACCACCUAAGUCAGAUGCAGCUCCUAGCAUAGACCUAUUUGGGACAGAUACUUUUUCUUCUUCAAUUACUGGAGCUUCUCCUGGGCCCGAGAAUUCUCUCACUGGUGAUCUCUUAUCAGGCUUUGGAGGUUCUUUUAUUGCUCCUUCUCCAUCACCUUCCCCUAUCACACCAGCUCAGGCUAAUAUAUUGCAGCCCAAUUUUGAAGCAGCAUUUGGAGCAGCCCCUUCUCCGUCCCCUGCUGGCGGUUCCUUUGAUUCCUCAGUGUUUGAUGGCUUAGGUGAUCUUCUUAUGCCCACUACAAUGCAAACUGGUCAGACUUUGUCCUGUGUAGGCACAGCCAUUGCUUCUGCUUCAGCUGCAACCAAACCCAUUGGAAGUGAUCUUGAUUCCUCUCUUGCAAACUUAGUAGGAAAUCUUGGAAUUUCUGGUACCACAACAAAGAAGGGAGACCUUCAGUGGAGUGCGGGAGAGAAGAAGUUAACAGGAGGAGCCAACUGGCAACCAAAAGUAGCACCUGCAACAUGGGCGUCUGGGGUUCCUCCGAGUAGCCCCUUGACAGGAUCUGUGCCUCCAGCAGGUGCUGCCCCCCCUACACCAGGUGCUGCUUCUCCACAAACUGGAUCAGGAUUUGGAAUGCCGCCUCCUGGAGCUGGCGUUGGGAUGAUGCCACAGCAGCCUCUUAUGUAUGGACAACCGAUGAUGAGGCCACCAUUUGGAGCAGCUGCAGGACCUGGUGCACAAGUUUCUCCAAGUCCAACACCUGCCACCCAGAGCCCCAAGAAGCCCCCAACAAAGGACCCAUUAGCAGAUCUUAACAUCAAAGAUUUCUUAUGAGCUAUUUAAGUUUUGUGAAAGGAUAAGUGAAGACGCAAGUUUGGAAUCUGCAAACAAGAAUUUUGUUGCUCAGAAUUUCCAAGUGAGCCACCAGUACCAAACCCAGUGCUUACUCAGACUUCUCUCCUACUUUCAAAACGUGUAGCACAGCUGUGAAAGUGAUCAUAGGAAUGUGUACUAUUUUAGUUGUUAUCCCUUCUCUCUCUCUCUCUCUGUUUGUGUACUUGGGUUAUAAUUUAUGUGUUUCUCAACUUAAACAAUGGAUGUAUGUUUCUGAUGCCUUCUUAGUGCUUUUCUGAACCAAUCCAUUAGGAACAGAUUAUGCAGCUGUUGUGUGGUGAGCCAUUUGGAGCGAUGUGUCUGUGUUUCUGGAGGUCUUAAUGUAAAUAACCUUGGCGACCCUCUAAAUUUUCUCUUCAAAUCCAGUUUCCUUUGCAUAUCUGUUAUACAAAACAAUAUUGUGGUUAUAUCAGGUAGCAAGAAGAACACUGUUGAUCCUUUUUUUAAAAGUGUGUGGAAUGUUUUUUUUUUCCAAGCAAGAUUAUUAUCAAAUUUUUGUGGGGUACAUUUUAAUUUCCUGACAUUUUAUCUACUAAUAUGAAUGAAAUUCAUAUUAAUAAUCUUCUAUCAAGUUACGUGACAAAGGUUGUUAAAAAAAUCCCCCACAUAAAAAUAUUUUAUCAGAUUUCUUUUUAAAAAAGUGUCUUUUAUUUUCAUUAAAACCAUCAUAUUUAUCAUUGUUAUUUAAAAUGCACUGAAAACAAGUAAAGGGUAAGUUUCUUGCCAUAUAAUUCAGAAAAAUCAAACAUAACAAAAACAAACUCCUUUAGGUCUGUCAGGCUACUUUGGCUGCCCACUGUUCCCAGGGGGAAAUCAUGAAUUUUUCUCCCCUUUUGCUUUUAUGUACAUCUGUCGGUUUUGUUCUUUUCUGUACAUAUCUUAGAUUAGUGUUUUUCAUCCCCAUACAGCACUAUGUAUUUUCUGUACUGUUUGUGAUUAGAGGUCACACUGAACCUGAAUUAUGCCCUUUACCGUAAAGAAAAGUGUUCUUUUAUCAUUUUAGUUUGUUCUCUCAUACUGUGUGUGCUGAUGGCUUAGCUUAAGAUUUUUGACUUCUUAAUAAGGUCACUGUUGAUCAGUGUUACAAGUGGCUUGGCAGCUCUUUGUUAAAGCAUAUUAGGAUGGAAAGAUGUUCAUCUAAGUCUUUCAAAUUAAUAUUUAAUCAACAUGUGGUACUAUUUUUAAAAAGUGGUUGUAUAUUGUUGGGAUAACAUACCUUGUAACGACAGAGAGUUAGAGAGAGAAUUUCAAAUGGAUUUGCUUUGUAUUUUGGUUUGAGGAAACCCAAUGCAUGUAUACCCUCUGAGAUGCAAUAAAACACCUUGA